AUGUCGCUCAAAGUUGGAUCAUCCAGUCGUACAACAGGGGGGACAGUCGUUCAAAUUAUUGCAAUACACAAACAUGAAAGUUAUAGCGGAUCCUCAUCAGGAUUUCCUAACGAUAUAGCAGUCCUUGAGACUGCCAGUUCUCUGACCAAUGAUGCGAAUGCCGAAAAAGCUGAUCUUCCCGAUGCGAACAACAACUACAGCGGAGAAGACUGUCAAAUUACCGGAUGGGGCAGAACCUCCUCAACUAGCAGUCUUCCAGCUACCUUGCAGGUGGCAAACACCAAAGUGAUGACGCAAAGCUCAUGCAAGCAAUCUUGGGGGAAUUCGAUCAACAAUGGUCACGUGUGUGUAUAUACUGGCUCCAACGGUGCAUGCAAUGGCGACAGUGGUGGACCUCUGACCUGUAACAGUGUACUUGUUGGUGUUACGUCAUGGGGAAGAAACGGCUGUUCCGUCAGCUAUCCCAGUGUAUACACCCGGAUAAGCCAUUACCUUACUUGGAUCAACACCAAAAUAGGUCAAAAGAAAACUGUCGCGUAGAUAUCCGGCUAUGCUACGCCUAAUCGCGGCAGUCUGACAUUUCUGUCCAUGUUUUGCUUUGAAUAAAAUAAUGAUUAAC